AUGGAGUUUCAAGGGCGCUUGCGGCAUCGACGUCGGUGGGGCGUAUGGCUCUGUGGUGCCUCCUGUCUGUUCGUCAGUGCUACGAACUUUGCCUUUCGGAAGAAGCCCAAGGAGCCCUUGGAAGCUCCGGAAGAGAUUCCACCGGUGGUGGUGGAAGUGGAGCACAUGAUUUGGUCAUUGCUCAAGGAGCCUCAGGUUUUAGCCGCCCUGGGCAUCGCGGUCGUCUUGCUCUUGUCCUGGUGCAGACAUCGCUCAGUGCAGGCCUCCAGACGUCUGAGAAGGCCCUAUCAGUUGACUGAGGAUCUGUCGUCCCUGAAGGAUGCGGACUUGGCUUCCUUGCAGAAACAGCUGGAAACGGCCAUCCUGUGGCUCCAGGAGACGGUGCUGCUGCCCAUCGACCGACGCUUGCCGGGCCGACCCUUUGAGUUUGAUUUGGCCAUCUUCCCCUGCAAGCCCACCGUCCUCAUGAUCGGCAACCAUUCCUCCGGCAAGUCGACCUUUAUCAACCGCAUGAUGGGCGUCCAAGUGCAAGAGACCGGUGUGGCUCCGACGGAUGAUGGCUUCACCAUCUUGGAAAGAAGCGAAGAGUUCGAACAGUUUGAGGACGGGCCGACCAUCACUGGCUGCGCCGAGAACAAAGCGUUUCGGGAGCUUCAGCGUUUUGGCCGCUCCUUCCUGGGGCAUUGUCGACGGAAAAAAAUGGUGCUGCCCAAGGAUGCCGAAUUGCCUUACGGCCUGCAGUUGGUGGACACGCCCGGGAUGAUCGACCUGCUUGGGGCGAUUGGAGUCACAGAACUUGCUUUGGUGUUCUAA